AUGCCAGUUAUCAUUGUGACAGGAGCAUCAAGAGGAAUCGGUGCUUGCAUAGCAGACAUAGUUCUUGGGGAUAAGGAAUCGAGCAUCGUUGCCGUUGCACGGUCUGAGGAUGCGCUGAGAAACUUGAAGAUCAAGUAUGGGGAGGAAAGGGUAGCGACAGUACAGGGGGAUCUUGCGGAUGAAGUGGUUGUCAAACAGGUUGUGGAGUUAUGCAUCGGCAAAUUUGGUCGUAUAGAUUCCAUAGUUGCAAAUGCUGGAAUCCUCGAGCCCGUCCAAAGAGUGGAACUUGCGGACAUCAAGGAAUGGAAGCACCUCUUUGACGUCAACUUCUUCUCCAUAGUUUCGCUGGUGGCACAAUCCAUACCUUAUUUGAAGGAGUCCAAGGGAAACGUCAUCAUGGUGUCAUCCGGUGCCUCUACAAAGGGCUACUACGGAUGGGGUGCGUACGCAGCCUCCAAGGCAGCAGUUAACCAAUUUGCCAUUCAAUUGACUUCGGAGGAGCCAGAAAUCUCCGCCGUGGCUAUAGCACCUGGCGUUGUCGAUACCCAGAUGCAAGUGGAAAUUAGGGAUAAAUUUGGUGCCGACAUGACCAAGGAGGCACACAAGAGAUUCACAGAUCUAAAGAGAAACCAGGAGUUGCUGGAUCCCUCCGUCCCUGCAAGGAUAUACGCCAACAUCGCCCUGAGAGGAAUCGACAAGGAGAUUAACGGCAAGUAUUUGAGGUAUAACGAUCAAUUGCUCGACAAAUACACAAAGUGACGCUCAGACAUCAACAGUUAGUCCAUCGCUGAAGCAAUCAAAUAAACAAUCAUGACGAAUCACAGCACAUAGC